AUGACCGUCAACUUGCAAUCAUUAGCUCCGACUCUUACCGAAAUCGUCACCAAUUCAUCGUCCAAUAACACAAAUUGUUUAGAAUUUGACCCCGAUGGCCUUCAAUAUAUCAAAUGGAUAUAUAUUGUUUUUGGUGAGUGUGUCCAUUCCGCCAGAGAACAAGCAUCGUUUUACGUUGGACUUGCAAGUUUGUUGUUUUGGAUGUGUGCCAUCUUUCCUCAAAUUUAUGCAAAUUUCAAAAACAAGGACGCCACUUCUCUCAGUUUAGGUUUUUUGUUACAAGCUUUCAUAUCUGAUAGCAGUAACUUCAUUUCAUGCAUCUUAUCGAGACAGCUCACGACCCAAAUCAUUGUCGCUUUAUAUUUUGUAUCCACUGACAUUAUUGUCCUAUUUCAAUACUUUUAUUAUCUUGUAGUUAAAAAAUAUCUUCUUAAAUGGUCGGAACAAAGGAAGAAACGAGGCAACCAACAACUUUCUAUCAAUGACAACGAAGAGCAUCUUUAUCAUCAUGAGGAGGAUGACAUCCAUCACGACAAUCAUCAAGUGACUUUAUUAAAUCCAAAUGUCACAAAAACAAUACCCAGCCCAACGAAACUAAAUAUUAAGGUUGGAUAUGCCUUGAUCCUGGUCCUAUUGGUUAUUAUGAUUUCGUUUAGAUUUAAAAUAUGGAAUUUACAACAAGAAACUUUUUCCCCUAACUCGAAAAGCAAUGACGAAUCAAUGGUCUAUCCACAACGAAUUUACACAACCUCCUCCACCCAUAUUGGAAGAAAACUAUUCAGCACUGAAAUGAAUGUCAUGGAAACACAGUCAAUAAGUAAGACCAGUAACUCAUCGAGUCGAGAAGAGGAUUGGGCCAAGCAUGACGCAUUUGUUUUCCCACCCAAUACUCCCAUGUCCAUUGUUGGAUACACAAUUGGCUGGUUGUGUGCAUUACUUUAUUUGGGAUCGAGACCUCCUCAAAUUUAUAAGAAUUUCAAACGAGGCAGUGCUGAGGGUGUUUCAAGAAUAUUCUUUUCAUUGGCUGUGUUGGGGAACUCAAGUUAUGUGGCUUCUAUUUGGUUGUUUUCAUUUAAUGGAAAUUAUUUAAUGAUGCGUUUACCGUUUUUGUUGGAAACAUCUGUCAAUGUGUGCAUGGAUUCAUUUAUUUUGUUUCAAAUAGUGUAUUAUUAUAGGAAAAACUUAAAGAAAGACAAAGACAACCUUCACAAACAUGAGCAAGGCAACGACCACGUGAAUUCCAUUGAAUUGGAGAUUCAUGAGCAUGGUGAAAUGCCUGAAAGUGUGGAUUCCAAAAGUUCCAUAACCAAAUAA